AUGUGGCCGGCUACUGUUUCUUCUACCCCUAACCCUUCCUUCUUCCUAUUCCUUCCCUCUAACAACAAACCCUCUCUUUUUCAUCCCACUCCACGCCGCCUCCACCUCUCCCGCUCUUCUCCCGAUUUCAACGGUUGGGCCCUCCUCGAGACACCCGCUCGCCCCGCAUCUUCCAACAAAGAUUUAUCAUGUUCCGCCCUGGUAACUGUUGGAGCUUCCCUCGCUCUCAUGCUUGCCUGUUUCUCCUUAUCCAGAAAAGGUUUCAAUGUUCAAUUCACAAGCCUGUUGCAAGGAAUGUGGAGUACAGUUGCUAAUACUCGCCGUCGAUUAGACGAAGCUGUGGAGUUUUACGAAUCCAACGGGACCACCAUAGAAGCUGUUACGGAAACUGAAGCUACUGAAAAGCCAGGACGAGUUACAAUACCCGUUUCAGUGGAUUCCACCCAAGAAGAAGCAUUGUCAGUCUUAAAGAAGUUGAAGAUAAUUGAAGAUGAUGUGGAAGCUAAUGAAUUGUGUACCAGAAGAGAAUUUGCUCGAUGGCUUGUUAAAUUAAACUCGUCUCUGGAAAGAAAUCCAAAACACAGGAUUGCUCCAAUUGUAUCUCUGUCUGGCUCUAUAGUUACUGCAUUUGAUGAUAUCAAUGUUGAUGAUCCAGAUUUCCAAUCAAUUCAAGUCUUAGCAGAAGCCGGUAUGGUCCACAGCAAAUUAUCUUGGAAGAAUAGUUCUAAUGGUUGUGGAUCUGACUGUAAAGAAGAUAUAAAUUUUUUUCCUGAUAGAUUCAUUUCACGACAAGAUCUAAUGGAAUGGAGAACUCAGGUUGAGUAUGGAUUUUUCUCUGGGAUAAUUGACCAGAUAUCAAUUGAAAAAGCAGGUUAUAUGGAUGUGAAAGGGAUAACUUCUGCAGGAGUUUAUUUGGACAUGUUGGCAGGAGAUAGUAGUAUACUUAGAAAAGUUUUUGGACAGAGUAAGCGCUUUCAACCAAGCAAACCUUCAACAAAAGCACAAGCAGCUGUGGCUCUGACAAGUGGCAGAAUGAACGAAGCAAUAUCUGCAGAAAUGUCAAGAUUAGAAGCUGAGGGUUCUGCCUGGCAAGAUGUGGCAAAAGAGAUCAGAUCUGAGCUGCUUAGCCGAGGAGACAUACAGAAGUUUUGGGAUGCAAAGCUUAGUGAAGAGAAAAAUCACGGUUCUGAUAUAGAGAGGCUUUACCUUGAGGCAGUCAACAAUUUGGUGGAAGAGAAGUUCAAUCAAGAAAAGAUAAAUGCUGAUUUUUUAAAAGAACAGACAGCGAUGAAUUGUCAGAAGCAGAUGAUGCUUAGUUUGAAAAAAGAAGUUGAUGAGAUAUCAGAUAAGCUUGCCUCGGAGAGAGUCAUAUAUGUAGAUGAAAAGCAAACUGUACAAAAGUUACUCAGAGAUUUAGAGUUGAAGCAUGAAGAAAUUCUUGACACCAAAUCCACACUGGAAGCUGAGAAAGAAGCUCUUCAGAUGCUUAGAACUUGGGUGGAGGAUGAAGCUAGAAGAAGCCAAGCUCGUGCUGCUGUUCUUUCAGAGGUAGGACGUAGAUGGAAAUGGGAUGACCAAGCUUGA